AACCAUCCAAAUCCACACCUCGGAUCUCCCUCACCCUUUUAUAUUCUAAGCAAGGUGAGUAUACUUGUGCUAUGCAAACGAAUGGAUAUAUACAAUAGUUUUAACAUGUUAAUUUUCCACAAAGGAAAUAUGGAACUUGACGAAGAACUCAAAACCUUCAUCAACUUAUGGCUUAUCGCCAUCUUUUCCAUAUGUUAUUGCUACUUGAUUCCACCUCGGAUAUCGCAUGGCGUCCCGCGGUUACUCUCUCUUCUCCCCAUCAUCACCCUCUUCUUCAUCCUCCCACUGCCAAUCUCCACCGUCCAUCUCGCCUUCCCCGCCUUCUUCUUCCUCAUAUGGCUCGGUAACUUCAAACUCCUACUCUUCGCCUUCAACCGCGGCCCUUUAUCUUCCACACCACCCUUACCAAUCCUCCCUUUCAUCGCCAUUGCUCUCCUUCCAAUCAACCCUAAACAACCCAAUAACAAACUCUCGGAUUCAGUUGAUCCAUCACAUAAACCGAUUCUGUUGGCGGUUAAAGCUGUUAUUCUCAAUGUGAUGCUACAUUUUUACAAGUACAAAGAUAACCUUCCCUGGGAUGUGGUUAUAGUUUUCUACUUUAUCCAUAUGUACAUUGGUUUAGAGUUUUGGUUCGCCAUCGCUGCUUUCUUGGUUAAGAUUUUUGUCGGAUUCGGUUUCAAAAUCGAACCGCAAUUCAAUGAACCUUACCUGGCUACAUCGCUUCAGGAUUUCUGGGGCCGCCGCUGGAACCUUAUGUCGUCUAGCAUCCUUCGGGCUAGUGUGUAUAGUCCAAUUCGCGCAAUCUGGACGCCGACUCUUGGUAGGCUGUGUGGGCAGAUGUUGGCGAUUUUUGUGACAUUUGCAGUGUCGGGGCUCAUGCAUGAAUUGAUGUAUUUAUAUAUAUUGCGUGUUCGGCCAACAUGGGAGGUGACAUGUUUUUUUGUACUGCAUGGGGUGUGUACGGCUGUUGAGGUGGCUGUUAAGAAGGCGGUUAACGGCAGGUUUCAGUUACAUAGGAUGGUGUCGGGGCCGGUUACGGUGGCGUUUGUUGUAGCGACGGGUGAUUGGUUGCUCAUUGCACAACCGUUGAGGAAUGGGGUGGAUGCAAAGGUUAUAAAUGAGCACUCAAUGAUAUUAAAAUUGUUGGGUCUAAAGGGGCUUUGAAUGAGUUUUAGUUUUGUAUAACUCGGAAGUAAUAAUGGUGAGAAAUAUUAAUUUAAGGGAAAUGCUACAUUGUAUCAUGAGAAAUGCUACUUUUAGUAUGUAUUUGUAUGCUCUAGC